AAUAAGUUGCUUGCCAAGCACCAUAAAUAAAGAAGUAGAAGCAGCUAACGGGUAAUCCAUGAAGCUAACGCAGGGCUGGGCCAUGUGGUGAGGCCAUGCAGAGGAGACACAGCAGCAACACGGAUGGCAUGCCCUCUGAAAGAAAUCGAAGCCAAACUCUGGGGUCGGAGAGCAGCCUGGAUGACGGAGGCGUGUUUGACUGCCUGAAGCCUGAGUCGUCUGCUUCACCCCAGCAGAUGUUCUCAGGCCUGGUGGGCGUCCCGUCCAGCUCUGCUCAUCUGCAAGCAGCUGGUUUAUUUCUAGGCUCCCCACCUGAAGUUUUUAUCCAGAUGACUGCAUCUUCCAGGGAAGAAGCAGGCAGCCAUAGAACAGAGGGCGGACCGUUCCUCACCCGGCCGCCCCAGCACCACCACCACCACUUCCACCACCAGCCCCUGCAGCACAGAACAUCAUCUCUGCUUCAGCAGGCCACCACGGCAGCUAGCUCCGAGAGGCACGGCUCCAGGGAAGACGCCCAGGAUGAGCAGUCUACCCCGGCUCCAGCUCUGUCAGAGCUGAAGUCUGUGGUUACGUGGCUGCAGAGGGGCUUUCCCUUUAUCCUCAUCCUUCUGGCUAAAGUCUGCUUUCAACAUAAACUAGGUAUCGCUGUGUGUGUGGGAAUGAUCAGCACAUUUGCUUAUGCCAAUUCUACAUUUAAGCAUCAAGUUUCACUGAGGGAGGAGCGAUCCAUGUUUGUGGCUCUUUGGAUCAUCUUGUUUCUCGGGGGGAACAUCGUAUAUAUCUACUACUCCUUCAGCCAGGAGGAGCUGCACUAUAGAGUUUCAGUUCAUGUCAGUCAUGUCCUCCUCAUAUUUGCGAAGCCCAACCUCAACAGCUUUGACUUCUUUGAUCUGAUCUGGGCGGUUGGAAUCACCGACUUCGUCCUUAAAUACGUCACCAUCGGCCUGAAGUGCUCUGUCCUCUUUCUGCCCAAGAUGAUUAUGGCCUUCAAGUUAAGGGGUAAGUUCUAUCUUCUGAUCGAGGAGCUGAGCCAGCUGUUUCGGGCUCUGGUGCCAGUGCAGCUGUGGUAUAAGUACAUCAUGGGCGAGGACCCGUCAAACAGUUACUUCCUGGGAGCAGCACUCAUCAUCAUCUACAGCCUCUGCAAGUCCUUUGAUCUUUGUGGACGAGUAUCUGCGAUACGGAAGGCGUUGGUGAUGCUCUGCAGCUCCCAGAGUUACGGAGUGAGGGCCAGCAAUCAGCUCUGCAGCGAGGCUGGUGAUGUCUGCGCUAUCUGCCAGGGGGAUUUCAAAGAUCCUAUUGCUCUCAUCUGUCAGGUAGGGAGCAUGUGUUCUGUGAGGAGUGCCUGUGUUUGUGGUUCGACCGCGAGAGAACGUGCCCUCUGUGUCGCUCCACUGUCGUCGAGGCCCUGCGAUGCUGGAAGGACGGCACCACGUCCGCUCACUUCCAGAUAUACUGAGCUCUCUGACAAGAUUCACAGGAUCAUAGGGAUGGGAGUGCGCUUUAAAGGAAGUUACACCAUGCCCCAGUGAACUCUCAUACAGAAUGAGAAUUUUUGCAGUUUUCUAAACUAAAUGAUGGUACACGUGCAUAACGACAUUAUCCACACCGAGUCAUGGCAUCAAGGUCAGCUGUUAUUUUAUAGUAUAUUUUCUUUCUUUGCAUAAGUAGGUAUUGAUUUAUUGUAAGCAUGACGGGGUAAAGAAUUAACACGAAUUUAAAAUCUGUGUAUAUUCCCUGUGAUAUUUUAUGUAAAGCUACUGUUCACCUUGUAUGUGGUUUAAAUGAGGCACCUCAGCAUUAUCUGCAGUGGAAAGCUACCCUCUUUGCAAAGUUUUAGGUUAAUUUUAUCUCCCUAAAUUAAAGAAUUCAAUUUUGCUUCGGUUUUAAACUGUAAGCAGUGUAGUUUGGUUUCAUUUUUGUGAUCCAUGUUGCAAUUAAAGACAACCUUAGGAAGAGCUUUCAUUGUUUAUUAUCAGAACUGUUGAAGAUUUAUUAGAAAUUUUUGACAUAAAAAGAUCCCAGUUGAUACAAAACAAAAAAAAAACUUUACAUCAGAAAAAGAAAAGCUUAUUCUUAGGAAUCACAAACAGCAUAAAAGCAUUUUAUGAACAGGUCCAGCAUUUUUGUUUAAGGUAAAACGCUACAUAACAGCCUCAACAAUAAAACAUACACAAAUCUUUAAACAGGAUCCAAACACUAAAAAAAAAAAAAAAAAGACA